UUCGAGAUCACGUUUAUGCAGUUUAUUCAUUGUAGUGGAUGAAGAAAUUUUGGGAAGUACUUCAACAACUAUGUCUAGAAAAAUUACAAGAAAAAAAUUUGGUCAAGUAAGGGAAUCUAAGUGGUCCAGUAGAGAGCUUAUUGAUUUUGCAAAAGCUAUGCAACGCUAUGGAUCUUCGGACGUCAAAAAUAUUGCUGAAGCCAUAGGAACGAAAACUCAGAAUGAUGUUAAGAAUUUUAUUCAUGUAAAGAUAAUGAGUGCUCGUAGAAGGUUUGCAAAAAGUUUGCCCUUCUGCAGUUCUAAUCCUCGUAGAGCAAAGUUCUUAAGCCUGAAAUUUAAAAAAUUUAUCUCAAAGUGGAGGAAGUUGGUUCACAAUGUAAUUGAUCCUCCAUUCAGAUCUCAGGACUACAGUACAAGAGUAAUGUCAAACCUGAUUCAAAGUUUUUUCGAAGAUGAAAAAGAACCUUCUAACCGUCAAGUUGUUAAUACUAAAGAAAUCUACAGGUAUAUUUUAAAUUGUUUCAAAGGAGGAAUACCUACACAACUGCCACCAAUGGAAAGUUAUGUUGUAAUGAAAUUAUUUGAAGAAUUAAGGGAAAUAACGACUCAAGCUACUUUCUCAGAAGAGCAGGAUUGGUUACGAGCUUAUGAUAAUAAAAUUGUGUUUGUUCCUACGGAUUUUGUGAUGGAACCUCCUGUAACAACACUGCCAAGUGGUGUUCAGAAGCAUACUCGUUUUAGAGGAAAGCCCAUUCGAGUGCCCGACAGCUUCUUGACACUUAUACAGGAACAUAAAAAGUUACUUCAAAGUUUCAACCCACUAGUAGUUCCUGUAUGGUUCUUGGCAAAAGAGAGAGAAGUUCUAGCCAAUAAAUUAAAGUCUGGUUGAUUUAUUCCUAAAGUACACAUUCAUCAUCAUCAUAUCUAUAUUGUGACGAGAAAAGUUCAUUUUCAGUUCUUAAAUUUUUCUCUUUUGUAAUUAUUUUUUGAAUAAUAAAGAAGUACUCAUUUUGUUACAUUGUGCAUGUAUGAGAAUACAGUAAAACCCCUUGUAUGCGGACACUAACGGGGCAAAUUUUUUUUUGUUCCCAAUAGAGGGGGUGUCUGCAGGACAGGCGUUAAUAAUGUUAUUUGUCUUGGAAUCAGGGAAUUAA